GUCACAAACUGAACUGAAACCAUAUAAAAUGGAUUACUUUAAAAUUAAAUAAAAAACUUUGAUAGAAAAAAAAUAGGAAAAUAUAUAAAAAUGGCAGAUAAAAAGCCUCCAGCUCCCAAGACUAUGCCAGGAUGGGUGAACUUCGUUAUAGGUGGUUUGAGUGGAAUGUUCGCAAUAUGCGUGGUACAACCUAUGGAUCUUAUCAAAACGAGGAUGCAGCUGGCUGGCCCCAAAGGUUCCAUUGGUGAAGUUGUAGGUGGUAUUAUGAAAAGUGAUGGUGUAUUUGGGUUCUACAAUGGCCUCAGUGCAGCGCUGUUCCGUCAAGCCACGUAUACAACUGGACGGCUAGGAUGUUUCAAUGCAGUGUUUGAUUAUUAUCAAUCAAACUUUGGCACACCCAAUCUCGCGGCUAAAAUCGGUUUAGGAAGUAUAGCAGGUGGAGUGGGCGCGCUGAUUGGAAAUCCAGCCGAAAUUGCUCUCAUCAGAAUGACGGCAGACGGAAGACUGCCGCCUGAUAAACGAAGGAAUUAUAAACAUGUAAUUGAUGCUUUGGCCAGGAUAUGUCGCGAAGAAGGCACCGGUGCUCUCAUGCGUGGAAUGACCGCGACUGUCACCAGAGCGAUGGUGGUCAAUGGCGCACAACUAUCUACUUACCAGCAGUCACGUGAAAUGUUGCUAGCAAGGGGGAUGGCUGACGGUAUACCCCUGCACGCUACAUGCGCUAUGAUUGCCGGUCUAGUUACAUCUGCGGCCUCCCUUCCCGUAGAUAUUGUGAAAACGAGAAUCCAAAAUUCAACGCAAGGCGCGGGACAAGUAACUGUUUUAAUGAAUAUAAUAAAAAAUGAGGGGAUCUUAGCUCUAUGGAGCGGUUUUCUGCCGACCUACGCGAAAAUAGGACCCCACACAAUAUUUACAUUUAUUUUUUUAGAACAAAUGAAAUCUUUAUACUUCAAAUAUGCAUAAUGAAAUGUUGGGUAUUAGCUCUAUUUCACCCUGCUAGGGUAACUCAGAAACAAGAACCUGAUGAUGAAUGAUUUCCGUAUGAAAAAAUACAAUACAUUUUUCACAUAGGAGUCUAGACUUAACUGUGUGCCACUGUCACGUUUCUGAAUACCUUAGCUUGUCGAGUUAAAGUAAUAGCUACUCAAUCUUAGAAGAAUAUUCAACGGUAAUGUCAACAUCUCUGCACUUAUUUGAUACGUAAUAAGUGUACGUAAAAUCUAAAUCGGUAAUAUUGUAUAUCUGUCAUUUGUGUUAACGCUGAGAGGAAAACGGAUCUGUCCGUUAGUUAAAACUUUAAUACUGGUUUUUGUUAGUGAUUUAUUUCAACAUAUUUUUACUCCGGUAUUAUAGUUUUUACUGAGAUAUUUGUAUUUCUCUGAAAUUAAGUUAACGCUGUGAUGAAAACAGUUUAGUAGUAGCAAUUAAUAAGACUGAUUUAGAUUCAAUCUUAUUGGCGCUUAAAUUGGUUCAGAGGUUAACUUUUAUGUAGGCAUAGUUUUUGAUUUCAUAGAAAGCACAAGUGUCUUGCGGCGGAAAUUCGCUAAGUAGCUUAACGUAAAUGUAUAUAUAAAUAAAAAAUAUAAACCA